AAUUGAAGAUGCUCCUGCUCCUUCUACAUCUACAGAUAGAGUGGAGAGUCUGGAUGUGGAUAGUGAAGCAAAGAAACUAUUGGGAUUAGGACAGAAACAUCUAGUGAUGGGGGAUAUUCCAGCAGCUGUCAAUGCAUUCCAGGAAGCAGCUAGUCUUUUAGGUAAGAAAUAUGGAGAAACAGCUAAUGAGUGUGGAGAAGCCUUCUUUUUUUAUGGAAAAUCACUUUUGGAGUUGGCAAGAAUGGAGAAUGGAGUGUUGGGAAAUGCCUUGGAAGGUGUGCAUGUGGAAGAGGAAGAAGGAGAAAAAACAGAAGAUGAAUCUGUGGUAGAAAAUAAUGAUAAUAUAGAAGAGGAAGCAAGGGAAGAGUUGAGAGAACAGGUUUAUGACGCCAUGGGAGAAAAGAAGCACCAAAAAACAGAAGGCAAGUCUCUGUCAAAGCCUGAAACUGAUACAGAACAAGAGAGUGAAAUGGAGAAGUGUAGAAGAGAAGAUAUGGAUAUAAGUGAGCCUGCAGAGAAGCUACAGGAAAAAGUUGAAUUGACUUCAAAUCAGUUAACUGAAACCUCUGAAGAGGCAAAAGGAGCAGCAGCACCAGAAGGACUGAGUGAAGCUGAGGUCACUUCUGGGAAGCCAGAACAAGAACUACCAGAUGCUGAGGAAAGAAAAUCAGUUUCUGGAAUUGAUUUCCAAAAUGAAGAAUGCAGUGAAAAAGGAGGUCAGGAGAAGCAGGGAGAGGUAAUUGUGAACAUAGAGGAAAAACCAAAGGAAGCUUCAGAAGAGCAGCCUAUCAUGACUCUAGAAAAGCAGGGCAGUGCAGUGGAGGUAGAAGUACAGCCUGUAGACCCAACAGUCAAUUCAGUGGAUGUGGGUGGGGAUGAACCAAAGGAGCAAGUAGCUACUUCUGAAAGUGAGCCAGGAAAGGCUGAGCAACUGGUAGGGCAAGAAGUGCUUUCUGUUGAAGAGUCACCAGUGGUGGCUGCAGAGGCUGGAUCAGAAGUCUGUGAGAAGCCAGGGCAGGAAGCUACAGUUCUCUCUGAGAAUGGUGCAGUCAAACUGUCAGCUGCAGGAGAUGAGACUCCUAUUGAACCACAAACUUCUGCAGAAAGACUGACAGAAACAAAAGAUGAUUCAGGUCUACAGGAGGUUAGAGCAGAACUGGUUCCUAGCCAGGAGGAGACAAAACUGCCUGUUCAAGAGUCUGAGGCAGCUGGAGAUGGGGUUGAGAUCAAGGUAGCCCAGAGAGCUACUAAGAAAGCACCUGAAGACAAAUUUAAGAUAGCUGCUAAUGAAGAGACACAAGAGAGAGAAGAACAGAUGAAAGAGGGUGAAGAAAUUGAAGGUUCAGAAGAAGAGGACAAAGAAAAUGACAAGGCUGAAGAAAUACCAAAUGAAUCAGUUCUUGACAAUAAAUCUCUUCAAGAAAAUGAAGAGGAGGAGAUUGGGAACCUAGAGCUUGCCUGGGAUAUGCUGGAUUUAGCAAAGAUCAUUUUUUAUAGGCAAGAGACAAAAGAAGCCCAACUUUAUGCUGCACAGGCACAUCUUAAACUUGGAGAAGUUAGUGUUGAAUCUGAGAACUAUAUUCAAGCUGUGGAGGAGUUCCAGGCUUGCCUAAACCUGCAGGAGCAAUAUCUGGAAGCCCAUGACCGUCUCCUUGCAGAGACACACUACCAGUUGGGCUUGGCCUAUGGGUAUAACUCUCAGUAUGAUGAGGCAGUGGCACAGUUCAGCAAAUCUAUUGAAGUCAUUGAGAAGAGAAUGGCUGUACUAAAUGAACAGAUGAAGGACACUGGAGGAUCAUUUUCUGAAUAUGAGAAAGAAAUUGAGGAGCUGAAGGAACUGCUACCUGAAAUUAGAGAGAAGAUAGAGGAUGCAAAGGAGUCCCAGCGUAGUGGGAAUGUAGCUGAAUUGGCUCUGAAAGCUACUCUGGUGGAGAGCUCUACUUCAGGUUUCACUCCUAGUGGAGGAGGCUCUUCAGUCUCCAUGAUUGCCAGUAGAAAACCAACAGAUGGUGCUUCCUCAUCAAAUUGUGUGACUGAUAUUUCCCACCUUGUCAGGAAGAAGAGAAAACCAGAGGAAGAGAGCCCCCGGAAAGAUGAUGCAAAGAAAGCCAAACAAGAGCCGGAGGUGAAUGGAGGCAGUGGGGAUGCUGUCCCCAGUGGAAAUGAAGUUUCAGAAAACAUGGAGGAAGAGGCUGAGAAUCAGGCUGAAAGUCGGGCAGCAGUAGAGGCUGGAGCUACAGUUGAAAGCACUGCAUGUUAAGAGAGGGAGCAGAAACUUCCAAGGGAAAGUGUUUUUGUAUAUAAUGUAUUUUUUCACUUUUGGGAAUUCUUUUUGUAUAACUUCAAUAAAGAUUGUAAGCAAAGGUGAGGCUUUGAUGGCUUUUUUCUUAAAUACUGGCUGAAUCUGUGCUUGGGGCACUCCAGGUUUUAUAUAGUGGCCAAAGGUGUUCCCUUCCUUCCUUUGUUUUAUCUUCUGUAUUGAUCUCAUUGGAUGUUGUAACUCAAAUUACUCUUAUUUGGAGGUAAUCAAAUCAAGUGUCUCUGUAGCCCUUCAUCUUCCAUUGGUGCUAUAUUUCUUUGUCAGAUACUUGACUGAAUUAAGCUAUCUCGAAAACUUUAAGUGGUGCUGUCCCUGGAGGGGGGCUACAAAAAAACUUGGUGAAGAUUUUGCUGUUUGGUGUUGACAAUUGAUGAUGGACUUUGACUGUGAACCUGGCAUUGGGUAGUACCUAUCUUCUGUUCGCCUUUGUCUGCAUUCAGGGUCAUAAUCCUAUCCUGGAAAAAGAACUCUGAAGACGAGGGGAAAUGAUCACUGAGGAAAGGGGUGUUUAACUGCAGGGAACUAAGCACACUGGUUGGAAAGGGGCAGAGACUAAGGAGGUGAUGUUGGAAGAAUGUAUGGGGGAGGCUGGCAGUUUAACUUUGUUACCUAUCUUCUGUGUAAAAAGGCUGAGAAAUGUCAAUGCUUGGAACUGUUACACUGUCUGCAGUUUUGACUCAUAAAAAUAAAAGAUGCUAAAAAAAGCUUGUGGUCUAGAAUUGUGUUUAGAGAUCUUACAUUGGGAUUCUGGGCUGCCUGGAACAUUUUAGUGUGGAACAUGGAACUGGGAGGCAGAAACUGACCCAGCAGCUCUUGGAUGUCCAGUCCAGGGAUAAUAGUCUGGGCAUAGAUACUAAUGCCAGCUCACUGGGCUCUCGCUGAUGUCCAGUGUACAGGGCUUGUAUGAGACUCCGACUGAGCUGCCUCUGACCUGAUAACACUUGUAGUUUAUGAAUCUGACAAGGCAAAAUUUGAUUUGCCCAUGUUGUUGAAGUGGGUUAGAACCUGUGGUUUUAACAAUCCAAUGUAGAAGACAAGAGCUGUACUGAACUCCUAAGUCAACCCCAUUUUUCAGUUUGUUUUUUCUCAACAAAAUAUUUCUCUGAGCUGGUUACUAACAGUUGGCUGUAGACACUGGCUUAAUCUGACUUCUUAGAGACGCCCUUGUGUUACGUGUUCUCCUACUGAGUCCAACACACGUGGCUCCCAGUUUUUGGUGACAUUGGGAUCUGGGGCUAGGCCCAAUAUAAAAAUCUGGCAUUUGAGCUCCUACUUGGUUGGAAUGUUACUGGGUUGAGGGCUUAUCCUGGAAUCUGUCCUACUAAAUCUCAGGCAUUCCCUGUGUAUGGAGGCUGAGAGUCUGGAUAAAAGGCUUCUGGGCAGAAAUCCUGAGGAAGCUGGGAUUUGAAGAAGUUUGGCAAUAAAACUGGUUUUAGUAAAACCCUACUCCCUUUCAGAAAUGUAAAUACUUGAUGAACUUUGCUGUGGUCGGAAUUCAUUGUAUUUACCUUUAGACCCUAUAUCAGAACACUGGUUAGAAAAGCUGCAGGUCUGAACUCAGAAACCCAGU